AGGCAAGCAAAAGCAGAUGAGAAGGAAAGAGGAAGAGACAACUUAUUAAAUACAGCGGAGUCCGUUCAGCCAAAAGAGAGAAGAGAGCAAGCAAGCAACCGCACUAUUGCUUAAUGUGUCUGUUUUAAGUUUGGUAAGCAUAGUGGGAGAUGCAAGGAAUGGAUAUUGAAGAUAAGUCAUCCAAAAUGCAUUGCAUGAAAGGCAAGCACGUGGCCAUCAUUUGUGGAGUGGUAAUUGCGGUGGGCUUAAUUUUGGGACUCGGAUUAGGUUUAGGAUUAAAACCUGAGGCCUGCAAUCCUCCAGAAGACAAUGGGCAAGUGUCAACAAAACCACCUACAUCCAGUACUCUAGAUGUCACAAAUUCUUCAGGGAGCAGUGCGUUUUGCAGUGCCAAAAAUGAUGAAAAUGGAGCCUGGACAAAUUUCAGGCUGCCCAACUAUGUUCACCCUGUUCAUUACGACUUAGACUUGACUCCUGAGAUGGAAGCCGAGGUGUACACCGGAAUGGUAAAUAUCUCCAUCAGGUUGGAAGAACAGACAACCAGGCAUUUGUGGCUUCACCUGAGAGAAACAAAGAUCACGGAAAUGCCUCAGCUCAGGAUAUCCUCAGGCCAGGUCAUUGAGAUAAAGCGUUGCUUUGGAUAUGAACCACAAGAAUAUGUGGUGAUAGAGGCAGAAGAAGACCUACGUCCUGGCAACUAUUCCCUGAGUAUGAAGUUCAAAGGCUAUUUGAAUGGUUCCCUGGUUGGAUUUUAUAGUACAACUUAUGGAGAGAAUGGAAAGACCAAAUACAUAGCAGCAACUGAUCAUGAGCCAACUGAUGCACGAAAAUCAUUUCCUUGCUUUGAUGAACCUAACAAAAAAGCAACAUAUACGAUAUCUAUUACUCAUGAACAUGACUAUGAAGCCAUAUCAAACAUGCCAGUGGAGAAAACAAUUUCAUUAGAUAACAAAUGGACAAAGACAAUAUUCAAGAAAUCUGUCCCAAUGAGUACUUACUUGGUGGCCUGGGCUGUGCACCAGUUUAAAUAUGAAGAAAGAAUUUCAUCUAGUGGAAUUCCACUACGCGUUUAUGCCCAACCACAGCAGAUAAACACAGCCAUCUAUGCAGCAAAUGUAACCAAGGUUGUAUUUGAUUACUUUGAAAACUAUUUCAACAUGAGCUAUUCUCUUCCAAAACUGGACAAAAUAGCAAUUCCGGAUUUUGGCACUGGGGCCAUGGAGAAUUGGGGACUGAUCACUUAUAGAGAAACUAAUCUCCUUUAUGAUUCACGAGAAUCUGCUGCUUCAAACAAGCAAAGAGUGGCAGCUGUGGUUGCCCAUGAACUUGUUCAUCAGUGGUUUGGAAAUAUUGUGACCAUGGAUUGGUGGGAUGACUUAUGGCUAAACGAAGGAUUUGCCAGUUUCUUUGAGUUUAUGGGUGUAAAUGCUACAGAAGAAAAAUGGCAAAUGUUGGAUCAAAUUUUAAUUGAUGACCUACUGCCAGUGCUGAAGGAUGAUUCUUUGGUUUCAUCUCACCCUAUUACGGUGGAUGUGUCUUCUCCUGAUGAAAUAACAUCUGUAUUUGAUGGCAUAUCCUACAGCAAAGGAGCGUCAAUUCUCAGAAUGCUUGAAGACUGGAUCUCACCAGAUAACUUCAGAGCUGGAUGCCAGAAAUACCUAAAAGACCAUUAUUUUAACAAUGCAAAAACAGAUGAUUUCUGGCAAGCAAUGGAAGAGGUAAGUGGGAAGCCUGUCAGAGACGUGAUGGACACAUGGACCAGGCAGAUGGGUUAUCCUGUGCUGAAAGUUGCUUUAAACUCAACAGUCACACAGCAACGUUUUCUAUUGGAUCCCAAAGCAGAUCCCUCCAAGCCAUCUUCUCAAUUUAGUUACAAGUGGAAUAUUCCAGUGAAAUGGGAAGAGGGGAAUACAUCAAGUAUAACAUUCUACAAUAAAUCAGAUUUAGCAGGAAUUACUAUUACGCGACCCAGUGGUCUUCCUCCCGAUUCUUUCUUGAAAGUAAACAAAGAUCAUGUUGGUUUUUAUCGUGUAAAUUAUGAACCCCAAGUCUGGCGUACUUUAGCUGAUAUUAUGAUGAAAGACCAUCAGAAUUUUAAUCUAGCUGAUCGUGCUGGUUUUAUAGAUGAUGCUUUUGCAUUGGCCAGAGCUGGACUUCUGAAGUAUUCUGAUGCAUUAAACCUUACAAGAUAUCUGCAAAACGAGACAGAAUAUAUUCCGUGGCAAAGAGCUGUAGUAGCUGUAUCCUAUAUUGGACAGAUGGUUGAAGAUGAUAAGGCACUCUACCCCAAAUUUCAGAGAUAUUUUGGUAGCCUGGUCAAGCCCAUUGCAAGUGAACUGAAAUGGGAGAAUGAUGAGGACCAUAUCAAAAGGUGA